AUGUCCAGUAGACAGCUGCGAAAACUUCAACAAAAAAGAGACAUCGAAACAGCUAAAUCGAGAAGAAAGACUGAGGAAGAGAGCGGCGAUGAGCUCGAAUAUGAGCCUUUUGACCUCCACAAGCCCGCUAAAAGCCUUUUUGCAAACUUCAAUGAUCUGGGAGUUGAAGACGUAAAUGAUGAUACGGAAGAACAUGAAAAUUUGCCAGCAGAGCAGCAACAGGUAGAUACCAAAUCCACACCUAGUUGUAAAAGGCCAAGAAAAGUUAAGAAAAGGAGUAAAAAAGCUGCGAAAUCUGAUGCCAACGUAGUUGACCGAGUCAAUGCAAAUGACAUCGAAAGAGUUUUGAAAGAGCUCAAUAUUAAGACAUCGGUCGAUAAUUGUACCCAGGCUCUCGAGACCUCUCUUGUUCAAGAUAUAAAUGAAAAAAAAUGCGCGAUCUUUGGAAUUCAGAGCAAGCACCUCAAGGUUGCAAAUGAAACGCGAAAGCUCUUCGGAAAGGCUGCUAGUGUGAGUAAAGAUGACGCCAGUGGUACUGUUAGGCAAGUCAGACGGCGAAGACAACGAGGGCAGGAUCAUCCAAUCGAUUUAGAAACAAUUUUGAGAGGAUAUCAUGCUCCUGGAAAAGGUUUAUCAGAACUUACUCUAAGAAGAAACUUUUUUAUCCAAGGGAAGAAGGAAUGGCCAGCAGGAACUUCAGGUAGGUUGACUAUGGAGAUAGUCGAUGACCAGGCAUCUGAUGGCACCAUUGAGUUUCGAUAUGUGCAUAGCCAGUCGUAUCAAGAGGUUCAAAAUACCUUCCAUCACUACACUGAAAUUGGAGACCCGCAAAAUCUGAUCGAGCUUUUAGUAAGAGAGCCUGAUCAUAUUUCCCUCCUUAUGCAAGUCAGCAAAAUUGCACAAAGCCAAGGAGAUCAUGCACUUGCUUCCGACCUUUUGGAACGUGCUCUCUUUUAUAUGGGUAGAGCAACCACUACCUAUUUCCACACAAAACUUUCACAGGGCAAGGCACGCUUAGAUUUUAAGCGGCCUGAAAACAGAGAGUUAUGGCUUGCGGGGUAUCAAUAUAUAAAAUCACUAAUGAUGAAGGGUACCUACAAGACCGCCCUAGAAUGGAGUAAGCUUAUAUUCAACCUGGAUCCAGUAGGUGAUGACUACUGUAUGAGGCUUUUAAUACACAAUCUUGCCCUAAGGGCUCAUGAAUCUAAUUGGCUCCUUGAUUUAUAUGAUUUAUUCCAAGAUCAAUGGUAUGCAAACGAUGGACCAUUAACCACGACCCCAUCGCUAGCCCUUGCAGCACUGCAGCUGCGAGACCAAGUUAAAGCUCGAAAACUUCUCACUGAGUCCAUGACGGUAAUACCAUGGCUGUUUGCGCGACUAUUCUCCGAAUUAAAUUUAGACCUGCCCCCUAGCAUUUGGGGUAAUGAGCCUAACACUGCCGCAGAAAUUCUCUUUACUGAUCUCUAUAUCUCACAAACUAGAGAUCUAUGGGAUACACCUGAGGUAACUUCUAUCCUCAUGGAAAUUGGACACUCGAUUAAAAGGGACAAUCAUGACACAGAGAAGCGUUUUAGCCAACCACUAGGAUUGGACGUUGCAAGAUUCGUCUAUUUAGACAACUCACCCGGACUCAUGGCACUAGUACCUGGAAAUCUCUUACAUCGAAGAGAUAACUCAGAUUCUGAUCCGUUACCCCCAGUGGAGAAUUUAAUUUCUUACGAGCCUCAGCGACUGGCUUUAACAGGUCAGUAUCGGAACGUUGAUGCAGGGGGUACAGAUAUUGUUUUUGAUCAAAUUGCUGCCAUGGCUAACAUGUUACCUCGCUUUCCUGGUCAACGGAAUCGCGAAGAGAACAUCAAUGGCAAUAUUUCUAGACAAGAACUUGAGGAUUUGCUCGUCGCAAGUUCAGCGGGCGGUAACGAAUUUUUGAGCGAUAACAACCAGCCUGGGCAGCGAUCUGUUCCACUAAGCAUUGUUCAAAGGCUUAUAGAAGUUUUUUGGAGACCCAGAGAGUUUGAUGAUGAGGCAGAUGGUGCACGCUUGGAUCAAGAGAGCUCGGGUUGGGAAACUUCGGAAUCGGAGGAUGAUGAUGAUGGCGCGAGGAAUAAUUCUGAGAGAGAUGGCCACGCUCCUAAUGAAAGUCUUACCAACCAAGAAAACACUCGUGAGAAUAAAGAGCCAUCAUCGGAAGGUUCGCAUGAAAAUAUUUAG